AUGAGGUCCCGUUGGAGUCUUGUGAUAGUCCUCGGAGUUGCGCUCCACUUCUCCUUGGUGUCCACCAAGGCGGUCCUGGACCAGACGGCCGAGGAAUCGCAAGUGAGUUCAUCGCAGGUGGUCCAACAGAGAGUGGGCUUUGCUCCGAGCGGCCACGAUGACCACCAUCAUCACUAUCACGAGGAGCACGAUCCCGGGUACUGGAAAAAGAAGCUGACCUGGAAGGAGGGUUGGAAGAAGAUCUGGAAGCCCGCCAAGAAGCAAAUCUGGAAGCCGGCGUGGAAGAAGAUCUGGAAGCCUAUUUGGGUACCCACGCAGCGUCCUGCCUGGAAGGAGAUCCAAGUGCCCGCGUGGAAGCAAGUGUGGAAGCCUGUGUGGAAGGAAAUCCAGGUACCGGCUUGGAAGGAAAUCCAAGUGCCGGCCUGGAAGCAAAUCUGGAAACCAGUGUGGCAGCCCAUAAAGGUCCCCGCGUGGAAGGAGAUCCAAGUGCCCGACUGGAAGAAGAUCUGGGUGCCAGUGUGGAAGGAGAUUCAAGUGCCGGCGUGGAAGGAGAUCCAGGUGCCGGCAUGGAAGCAAAUCUGGGUGCCAGAGUGGGUGAAAGUGGGAAUUCCGGGUGAGAAAUACCUGGGCAAGGAUCACGAGGGGUGGGAGUACACUAGUCACGACCUGUGGAAGAAGAAGCUCGUCUGGAAGCCACUGUGGAAGAAGAUCUGGAAGCCGGCCAAGAAGCAAAUCUGGGUGCCGAGCAAGAAGCUGGUGUGGAAGGAGGACUGGAAGCAGACGUGGCGAACAGAGAAGAAGCAGAUCUGGGUGGAGGACAAGAAGCUAGUGUGGAAGGAGGCAUGGAAGCAAAUCUGGAAACCGUCGAAGAAGCAAAUCUGGGUGCCGAGCAAGAAGCUGGAAUGGAAGGAGGACUGGAAGCAAGUAUGGAAGCCAUCUAAGAAGCAAAUCUGGGUGCCGGACAAGAAGCUGGAGUGGAAGGAGGCGUGGAAGCAGAUCUGGGUGCCGGCUUGGAAGGAGAUCUGGGUGCCAGCGUGGAAGAAGAUCUGGAAGCCAGUGUGGAUCUCAGAGUGGUUCCCCUCGCCAGAUCACCACGAUCACCACCACCACCAGGAGCACCAUGAUCACCAUGAUCAGCAUCAGGAACACCACGAGCAAGCGCACGGGUGGGACCGGAAGGAUCAGGAAUCGAAGGUCGUGUGGAAGAGACACGAUCAGCAGCCUCAGGCUACUCCAGUGCCACUCAAUCCCAUCCUCAGUCCAGUCCAGGCCGCCACGCAGUCGCCCGCGGCCUGA